AACAGAUUGAGUGGGUAUUUAUACUAUUUUCACAUAUCUGCCUGAACUAGAUAAAGAUAGACGUUGUAUAUAAUAGUGCAGUGAAUAUACUAGUUAUCGCUUCUGAUAAAACCACACACUAAAUCGAUGCGUAUACGAACAAAUAUGACGAUUGUGUUAAUGGAUUAAUAAUAUUCAGAAAACUUAAAUCGCCAUGAGCGAAGAAGAGAACACACAUUUUCACAAUAAUUUUGACGAGUCUGCUGAAGCAACACAAGGCCAUGCAUCGGCAUCGCCCAUUCAAAACGAGCCUGUUUCAAACCCACACUGUCAGACAUCGGAAACACUUCAACAAAACAACGAUGUUGAAGUACCACAGGAUAAAACUUCAAUACCCAUUACAUCUAACGAGCAAGUUGGUUCACAACACAGCGCUCAGCCACUGGGGUCGACUACAAAACCGAUAACAGAAAGGUUCUACAUUGACAUGUUCGAAGAAGACAUAGCCGUCGUAAGAGAGGAACACAAACUGUUCCGUAAAUAUUGCAUUAUGAAGGACUUAAAAAUAAAAUCUUGUUUACAAGAAGCUUUGAACGAAGAAACUGAAGGCGGAUUAACAGACGAUAGACUUAAGAAACGCGACACAGCGAUGAAAAAACUAACACAAGCGUUCAAGUCCUAUUUACGUAGAUGUUCUCGCGUUCGGGGAAUGAUUGACAUUUUAGAGAAACACUGCCAACAAGCUAAUGGUUUACGUGGCAAUGCAGAAUGUUCCAAGGUUGCAAUGACGCUUGAAAAGGAUCUUGAUUUGUUUAAGGAAUUGUACAGGGUCAAGAAUGAAAAAUUAAAAAAACAUGAAAUAGAAAUAGCACAGGAAGAAUUCAAGAAGCAGAGAAGUUUUGUGAACGAAAUAUAUCGACUCCAAAAACAAGAGAUCUUAUUAGAUGAACAGCUUAAAGCGACAGAGGCAAAUUUAGAUUACUACGCAAAGAAGCUCGACGAAGAAAAUCUAAAAGUAAACGGGUUGGAAGCCAAAUUUAAAGAGACAAACGACUCGUUAAGUGAAAUAAAAGAGAAAGAUAUGAGAAAUCAAGAGUGUCGGGAUGAAAAAAACAAAAUCAUUAUGCAACUCAAAAAAGAGUUGCAAGCAGCAGAGUCUACAUCAAGUAAACAACUGCAAGAUUUGCAAACGCAAAAAACCUACACAUAUCACUGGCACAACCAGUUUCAACAACAAUUAUUGAAUGCACAGGAAUGCACAUGGAAGUUUGAAAAGUCACAAACAGUUUGCAGAGAACUCGAACGAGAAAAGAAUAGUCUUGUGUUGAGACUGAGUAAAAUUGCCGGAGAUAACCUCGCGUACAAGAAUCCAAAUAUAGCUGAUCUUGGCGAUCCCAGACGUCCAACAAAACUUGCAGAAGUUUACAACGAACUAUACGAUAAUGAAUGGACGGAUGCAUUUGAUAGAUUUGGAGACUUUACAGACACUGAGAAAGUACAACGAAUGCUGACAAUCUUGAAGGUAUGGUUUAACCGAUAA